AGGUGUCAAAGUCAGCUACUUAUCAGCAGACGAAUAGACGAUACAAUUAUGCAAUGUCAAAAUAGGGAGAUUAUUUUAAGAGGUUAGUCUUAUCUUGUCAGUGGUUUUAAAAUCUUAAGAUGUGUCAUUGAGUUCUUAGGGGGAUAUUGAAAACUCAACUCAGUUAAACAACAACUAAAUAACAUUGUUUCUGAAUUUUGAACUGAUAUACAGACAUUUUCAAUCAACUUUAGAAGUCAGUCAGGAAUUUAUUUUCCAACAAUGUUCACUGGUAAAGUGGUUCUGAUAACUGGUGCAAGUUCUGGUAUUGGUGCAGCAACAGCAGUUCAUUUUGCCAAGAAUGGUGCAUUUUUAUCUCUUACUGGGCGAAAUCAAGAAAACUUACAGAAGGUAGCAUCUGAAUGUGAGAAGGUUUGUAAAACAAAGCCUUUCUUGGUUAUUGGUGAUCUCUCAAAUGAAUCUGACACUAAAAAUAUAUUGGAAUCAACAGUCAAACACUAUGAUAAACUAGAUAUACUGAUCAAUAACGCUGGAAUCUUGGAAUUAGGCUCAAUUGAGAAUACAUCUUUAGACCAGUAUGAUCGCGUAUUCAACACAAAUGUAAAAUCUAUUUACCAUUUAACUAUGUUGGCCGUCCCUCAUCUUAUUAAAACUAAAGGAAACAUCGUUAAUGUAUCUAGUGUAAAUGGGGUUCGGUCUUUCCCUGGCCUUCUAGCCUAUAAUAUGUCAAAAUCUGCUGUUGAUCAGUUUACUAAAUGUGUGGCUUUAGAGUUAGCAAGCAAGCAAGUAAGAGUUAAUAGUGUUAAUCCAGGUGUCAUCCUUACUGAACUACAAAAAAGAGGUGGAAUUGAUGAGGAAUCGUAUAAGAAAUUUCUGGAGAGAUCCAAAGAAACACAUGCAUUAGGUCGACCCGGCAAUCCUGCAGAAGUUGCAGAUGCGAUUGCAUUUUUGGCAAGUGAACACUCUAGCUUCAUCACGGGAGUAAAUCUGUGUGUUGAUGGAGGACGACAUGCUAUGUGCCCAAGAUAAAUUCUUUGACGAAUGGGAACUAAAACUUUAUUUAAGUUAUAAGUUUUUAUCUUAUCGCCCUACUUUAACUUAAAGCUUUAUCAUCGUUAACAAUUAUAAUUUAAUCUAAACCAACUGUAAUCCUUUGUUAGUCGUAAAAUGUUGAAGACAAAGGUAAAUUUUACUUUAGGGGUUUUCAAGGAUUUUCUACUUUUGAAUUAUUAUUGUUAUAGAUUAUAGAUAGAUGGUGAUAUAAUGUGUGUUGUAAACCCACAAGACUUUAUGCAUUGGUGUACAAUAUACUGUUUUAUAUGAAUAUUGUUAAGAUUAACUAAUACUAAAAUAAAAUAUAUUUUUGUAAGCUAA